UGGUUUAGCAUUACAAUAUGAAGAAAUAAAUAGAGGACCAAAUUGUGCCAUUAAUGGCAUAACUGCUAAAGGCUUUGUGAAUAAUUACCAGGGAAAGAACUUUAAUCUAAAGAUCACUCUUACUGGUCUGGAGGAAGAAUCCCAAGUUUCAGAAGUUAAAUUUCUCCCAGGCCUUCCUUGGCAGCUAAAUGUGAAAACAGAUUCUGAUAUCUUGCAAAUUGAGAAUGGAACAUCUUUCGCUUUUCAUGUUGAAGUAUUGGAUGAAGUAGGCAACAUAACAGCACAACCAAAACUAAUUGUUUAUUGCAAGUUUUUAGGAGUUCCAGGCCUUCCUGUAUAUGUUGCAGAUUGCAGCAAUGAUGGCACAAAUCUGUUAACUGGACCAGUUCUGCACAUUCCAAAUAUAAAGAAUGAUCAAACAGUUAUAGCAAAGAUUGAAAUACCAAGUUGUAAAAAUGUGUCACCAGUACAGAAGACUAUUAAAGUGCUUCCUAGUAGCUGCGUUGCAGAACUGCGGAUAUAUCAGCUUGAGGGAGAAAAGGCUACUCAAAUUAAGCACCAGGAAGUUAUUAGCUGCAUCGCAGAUGGUGUGAUAGAAAAUCUUAUUUUCCGAAUGUAUGAUGAGGGAGAAAGAGAAAUCUUAAUAACUCCAGCUCUGGCUGAAAAAAUUGAA